GGGGACGCGGGUGCCCCAUUGGCUUAGGUUGGGCCGAGCGCCUGGCGCGGAACGGGUGGGGAGCGGCCCCGGUCCGGGCGGGCCAUGGCCAGCACCGGCAGCCCCCUGGUGAGUCCGGGCGCGGGGGGCGGCCCACGGGCCAGGCGGGCCGUGACCAGCACCACCAGCCCCGUGUAUGAUGCUGUUCCAAUCCAGUCAAGCGUGGUGUUAUGCUCCUGUUCAUCCCCUUCAAUGGUGAGGAACCAAGCAGAUUCCAGCACUCCAUCUGUCAUUUCCACUUGUGGCAGCCGACAGGGAUCUAACAUGGAGGGAACGGCACCUGAAUCAAGAUCUAAUUCAAACUCCUUGCAGCAACAUACGGGACAGCAGCCUCCACAGCCUCGAAAGAAACGACCUGAUGACUUCAAAUUUGGGAAAAUUCUGGGUGAAGGAUCUUUUUCAACGGUUGUCUUGGCUCGCGAAUUGGCAAGUUCUAGAGAAUAUGCCAUUAAAAUUCUAGAAAAACGUCAUAUCAUAAAAGAAAACAAAGUACCAUAUGUGACACGAGAGAGAGAUGUAAUGUCUCGUCUGGAUCACCCUUUUUUUGUGAAACUCUACUUCACCUUUCAGGAUGAUGAAAAGCUAUAUUUUGGACUUAGCUAUGCCAAAAACGGGGAGCUGCUAAAGUAUAUACGCAAAAUUGGUUCAUUUGAUGAGACCUGUACAAGGUUUUAUACUGCUGAAAUUGUAUCAGCCCUGGAGUAUUUGCAUGGCAAAGGAAUAAUUCACAGGGACCUUAAGCCAGAAAACAUCUUAUUAAAUGAAGAUAUGCACAUUCAAAUAACAGACUUUGGAACAGCAAAAGUAUUAUCUGCAGAUAGCAGACAAGCACGGGCAAACUCAUUUGUAGGGACAGCACAGUAUGUUUCUCCAGAACUGCUGACAGAGAAAUCUGCCUGUAAAAGCUCUGACCUCUGGGCUCUGGGAUGCAUAAUAUAUCAACUUGUAGCUGGAUUGCCUCCAUUUAGAGCUGGAAAUGAGUAUCUUAUAUUCCAGAAGAUAAUAAAGUUGGAGUACGACUUCCCAGAAAAAUUUUUUCCCAAGGCAAGAGACCUUGUGGAAAAGCUACUGGUUCUAGAUGCUACCAACCGAUUGGGUUGUGAAGAAAUGGGAGGAUAUGGACCUCUUAAGGCUCACCCCUUCUUCGAAUCCAUUGUGUGGGAGAACCUACAUCUUCAGACACCCCCUAAACUCACAGCAUAUUUGCCUGCUAUGUCAGAGGAUGAUGAAGACUGUUAUGGAAAUUACGACAAUCUCCUGAGUCAGUUUGGUUGCAUGCAAGUUUCUAGUUCUGCCUCUUCCCAUUCACUGUCUGCUGCAGAGACAAGUACACCACAGACAUCAGGAGGAAAUAUUGAACAGUAUAUUCAUGAUCUUGACAACAAUUCCUUUGAGCUGGAUUUACAAUUUUCUGAAGAUGAAAAGAGGUUACUUCUGGCAAAACAAGCUGGUGGAAAUCCUUGGCAUCAGUUUGUAGAGAAUAACUUAAUCCUAAAAAUGGGUCCAGUGGACAAAAGAAAGGGGUUGUUUGCACGUCGGCGCCAAUUGCUGCUUACAGAAGGGCCUCACCUGUAUUAUGUGGAUCCUGUCAACAAAGUUCUAAAAGGAGAAAUUCCAUGGUCUUUAGAGUUGCGUCCAGAAGCCAAGAAUUUUAAGACAUUUUUUGUUCACACACCAAACAGGACAUAUUACCUGAUGGACCCAAGUGGGAAUGCUCAUAAAUGGUGCAAAAAGAUACAUGAAGUUUGGCGGCACAGAUACCACCAGAAUGCUGCAAAAUAGUAAAGCUCAUCCAAAAUUUCCCAGUUUCCCUACUUGCUGCUAGAACUCCGUGUGCAGCCGAUCAGAGGAAUCUUUUCAACCCACCUAUUACCAUCUCAAGGGGAAGCAUACAUCUGAAAUGUUUUUGGGAGGUUUUUUUUUUGGUGUUUUGGGUUUUUGUUUUUUAUUUUCUUCUUUUGUUUGUUUGGGGUUUUUUUGUUGGUUCUUUUUUGUUGCUGUUUUUGGGGUUUUUUGUGUGGGGUUUUUUGGUUUUGGUUUUUUGUGGUUAUUUUUUUAAGAAGAAAAAAAGGAAGAAAAUCAAAAACCUAAUGGAAUUCAGGGUUGCUUUGCUCUCUCUCUUUGUGCUUCUGUUGAGGCUUCCACAUGCAUAUCAUUGCAGUGAAGAUCUUGCUUUUGUGCACUUCAGUUUCUGCUGCAGACUAGUAGGCAGACCUUGUAUUACCAGCCUCGCUUGAUUUAAAACAAAUCCACACGCACACACACCAAAUCAUGUACCAGCCUUGGAUUUUAUAGGGCUGGAGUUUUCUGUGACUCUCAGAUUAUCAUUUAACUGUGUUUCAUCAGGGAGCUUUUUUAUGCCUCUCCUAAGUACCACCUCUUUGUUUUCCUUUCCUCACAGUCCCUCAGCUUAUUGGUAUAUGGCAUUUGUAGCCAGGUCAGUUGCACUCUUGUGUAAUUCCUAACAUAGUUCUGGUUGCAGGAUUUGUGUGGUACUUUUGUAAUUAUGUGAAUGAAUCAGAUGUAUUUUUCUGGCAGACAGGCUCCAGUGAUAAAGCUUUUUAGAGAGUAAAAUGCUGAACAUAGCACUGAAAUUUCUAAAACUGAAAUGUUGGCUUCUGAAGCAUUUUAAACAUUAAGUCUAAAUUUUAAUAUAAGUCAUAUGUGUGUUUAAUCAAGGGACAAUAAACUUACAAGCAUGCUUUUAACUAAUGCUAACUAAAAGAAAAACUAGUUAGUAUGGGGGAGAAAAGGCUACUAUUGAAAUAGUAAAUAGUUUUUCACCUUUUCAGCAAAUGAGGGUUAGAAGCUUUCUUUCCAGGGUGUGCAUGUGUUGUGCAUAUUAGUGGGGCCAGCCUAUUUAAUUGGGUAGAGAAGUGAAAACUUUGUACAAUUGAUUACCUGACCUUUUUUUGUCUCAUUGGGUAAUGAGAUGUCAGUUCUGUUUUUGGUCCUUGGCCAAACAUUCAGGAACUCUGGAAAAAAUUCAAGGAAUUGAAAUAUAGAUAAUAAAGUAAUCUGGUGAGAAAAUCAAAGGCAAAUAUUGAUACAAAGGGGAAAAUAGAUGGUACUUAAAGCAUAUCUAUAAAAUGAAAAUAUUUUUCAUAUCUAUCUCCUUUAUCCUCUUCAAAUUAUGACUGUUUUUUGUGGUCAAACAUUUCUUGUUUAUCUUUGUUACAAAGACACAGCUUCCUGUGUGCUAAAAAAAACUCCCCCGGUGGUAUUUUCAACAUGCCUGUGUUCCUAAACCUUGCAGAGGGGAAUGACCUAGGUCUGGACAAAGGCAUUCCUUCCUUGUUUUAAAAGCAGUGUAAACAUUACCCCUAUUCUUUCACUCACUACACAUACUGUUACUCUGCAUUUUGAGUUGUCAUCCUAUGAUGUGUUUUUCCUUCCAUCAAAGAAAGGUUUCUCUACAAUGUUGAAAAAACUUAUAGGCUACUGUUUUCAAGAAGCAGUAUUUUAAAAACAAUGGUUUAUCAGAUUUCUCAGAAAAUACAUGAAUGUUGAAUAUUUUCUUGUACAGGGUGAAGGUGAUUUAUUACUGAUCUCUUAAACUGUUAUGUGGUUGAACUUGAUGGCAGUUCAGCUUUACUCAUCUUUAAAGUGCAGUUUCAAUGCAGUUGCCUUUUCUUUUGGAGCAACUGCAUUCCUGUCCUCUGUAUCCCUCCACGUCCAAAAACCUGAGAGAAGCAAAUCCCUUGCUUACUGUGUCUGGUGUUAAGGGAAAGAAGGGGUCCUGUAAAUGGCUGAGAUGAGGAAGACAGAAAAGUGUUCCCUUUGCAUCAUGAGAAAUUUCAUCACAUACAAAAUACACUCCUUGUUACUCAAAUUUGAAUAGCACAGUGCACGUUUGAUCUGUAGUAAGCUAUAUGUACCAUUCUAACCAAGAUGACAUGUAUUUUAAGUCUGUUGCGGUGCUAUCCGUUUGUUCUCCAGCUGUCAAAUUCUGGCCAUGUGUUGUGUCCACUGGAGGCAACCCUUCCACUUUCAGAUUUAGUCUGUGGUGUAGAGAUCUAAACAGACGUAUUCCCAACUUUAUACAGGAGAGUUUGGCGGUGAUGGAGAUUCACAGUGCCACCACUGUUCAACGUGUGACAUAACUUGCUCUCACAUAGAAAGUCUGGCAAAAUGACCUCCAUUGGCUUUUUAACUAGGUAGAAAUCUAGGUGUGCUUAAACAUGCUUUCUCUAAUAUUUAGAUUUUUACCAUAGCAAAUUAAAUUUUUUUUCACACCUUGAAGAUCUUCUCUCAGUAGACUUUCAUUGUGCCCACCAAAGGCUUUUAGCGAGCCAGAUCUUGGUAGCAGUAAGCUGUCAAGAAGGUAUCAGAAGGGUGAUGUCUGCAUCCUAGAACUCUUUUGUUUUUUUGUUUGGUUUUUUUUUGGUUGUUUUUUUUUUUUUUUUAAUUUACAAUGCUGUUAUUGGAAAAUGGUGAGCCUCUCUUACAGUAAUCACUCCACUUAAAACUUCAGUAUUCCUAAUCCAGUCUUACUUAGCUACUGCUUUUUUUUGGGAAGGAACUAGAACUUUCCUGGGAGAGGUAUUUCUAUUUCUUGUACUACACGUAGAAUCUGUGGGUUUGAAAGGUGGGAAGAGUAUGGAGUGAGGCAUCACAAAGCAUUCACGGAUACAAGUAUGUUUUAUCAAUUUGUCCACUUAAAUGUGUGUUGACUGGUGCUGCAUACUAUGGAGGGCUAAUACCCAUUUUAAAUGCUUUUGCCUGAUGUGGAGUAAAUUAAUCUCUUUGUCCUGAAAAUCACUUCUGUGGUUCAUGGAAUGAAAUGUGCAAGGGAAGUUCUUCAGAGCUGCACAUAGGCCAGGUGAUUUUUCUGCUUUUAAUCCAGGGUUUUCAAAUCAGAAAAAAAAAAAUGUAGGUACUUGAAGACUCUUCUUAAGAUUCCUCCUUACUGCAGACCUACUGAAAACCCAGUAUGUUGAUUCAUUCCAUCUCUUGCAAUUUGAACAAUUGCCAAUCAUUUAUGAAGAAUUUGGUCAAUAAUGUAAUUUUGCUUUGCUUGGUAUUUGAACUUUAGAAAGGUAUUUAUUCCAUUUUUUUCUGCGGUGUGCAGUUCAAGAAAGAAUGAAGUACUACUGCCCGGUCACAAGAAGUUUAACUGAGAAAUCAGUUUGUUACCAUUUGCCUUAGAGUCCAGUUUGUAAAGGUUUUGUAUUAAGAAAGAGUUACUUCAGAUGUGAUGUUGAGGCAUUGUUAGCAAACUGAUAUUACCUAUUAAGAUUCCAUUUGUUAGGCAUUUAGAUGCUGAAAAGAUAAAACUAUCAGUACUGUGUUCUACUUUUCUCCUUCUGACAUAAUUGUGAAGUGUCUGCUAUAUAUGUCUGAAAAGAAUUGCGCAUUGCAACAACGAUGUGAUGAUUCUAAUCGUUCAUAGUUCAAGAUGCUUAAUUUAAUGUGCUUGAUACAAUUACAUUUUGUGCUGUGAAUUACGAAGAAUUGAGAACUUCCCACAUGUACAUUUUCUUUUGAAUGAUAUAGUAAAGUCAGGACAAUUACUUAAUUUGGCCUGUGGACAAAACAUUUGAUUUCAUCAUGUUGCUGAGGAGAGAACUUGUGUAUUAAUAGUUGCCCAAAGAUGUAGCCUCUGGAUGGAUUCUGAUCAUUCUUUCUGUUAGUAAAUUGCACAGAUAGGUAUGGUAUUUAUAUCUCAAAUUUUCCUGAAUGCCUGUAAUACUUCAUGGAAAUAUUUUAUGAAUCAAAUGGAAAUACUCCAGCAAAGCCUCGUGAUGCAGACUGUCCAUCAGUUGAUCAAGUGAGCUUAUAGACAAGUUGUUCUGUGACCCAAAAUGGCAUGUUUUUAUUUAUGACUGAUAAUUUCAGAAUGUUUCCUCUUUCAUAGAAGAAAUGACUGUUAUGCAGAAAAGAGUUGGAGAGGUUCUGAAGCUCCCAAUAGCCUGGUUUUAGAAUAAAUAGAAUAUGCUGAAUUGGAAAUGUCAUCAAGUCCAACUCCUGGCCCUGCACAGGACUCCCCAGCAAUCCCACCGUGUGCCAGACACCUUCUUGAACUUGGUCAGGCUUGGUAGUGUGACUGCUUCCUGGGGAGCCUGUGUUCAGCCACCCUCUGGGUGAAAAACCUUUUCCUGACACCUAACCUAAACCUCCCCUGACUCAGCUUCAUGCCAUUUCCUCAAGUCCUGUCCCUGGUCAAGAGAGAAAUCUGUCAGCUGGGCAGUGGAUUGUAGGUGGUUGCUGUUCGAGAAAGCUUCCUAUGGCCAUGUACUAACUGACUUGAGUUGGUGGAUGUUUGAAAUGGUAGCAGAACUAAAAAUUACUGUAUCUGACAAAAGAGAAAAAAUAGGAACCAGGAAUCAUAAUAAAUUUUGAUAGUUGUAUGCUGUUUUCAGGUUGGUGGCAGUCAGUUACAUGUGUAAUAUGCUCUACCUGAUUUGUAGCUGUAACUGUGAUGUACAGAAAAAGAAAAAAAAAAGAAAAAAAGAAAAAAAACCCAUCCCAAACAAACAAAACCCCUAACCUCCCCUCAACAAACCAUAAAACAAUCUCCCCUCCUCCAAGAACUCAUGAAAACAGAAGCAAAUACUGCAAUGCUAUAAGAUACACUUUUUUGUAUUUUUAUUCUUAUAAGGUUAUUUGCUGGCUCUUGUUGGCCUCUAGUUCAGUCUGUGUUAUUUAAAUUCUAAUAUAUGAAUUACUUGGAUUGAAUUCAUGUUCGGGGCCAUGGUGUUGUAUGUAUUGAUGUACAGCCUUGAAUGUGAAUAAUUAUUGUAAACUAUAUUUUACACCUUUUUUCUGGCUUUAUUAUAUAAAUUUUCUAUUGGUCGAUGAUUUAAUCAUAUCUCAUAAUUUAAUGACUGUUUAUUCUCCCCUCGACAGAUCUCUGUGCUGUAGAUGUGUAGUUAGUGACUGGAUGACGGAUUUCACUUAUGCUUGGUAGCCUGUAAUAAAGACAUAUAGGGUUCUG